UGUUGGGUUGCGGCCUGAUGUAUUCCUUCGACUCUGUUCACCUCCAUUCACACAGUAAAUAAAAGCAUGGAGGCUCUGACUCUCGGGAGCUAACACCGAGCAGCGGGGGGUAAAGACACUGCCGCAUGCGCUCUUCCUUUCACCAAAAUACCCAGACAGGAAGCAGGACAGCGGGGAACGCUUUUCCACUUGGAUUUAAUACAUUUGACGUAGAAGUGAGGUUUGAAGUUGGCGACAGGAGCGGGGCAGCCCGCCGUGCUGAGCAUGAAGCGGACGGCUGGAGUGGCCAGGCACAAUGGCCUCGUCUCUCCGCUGGGAAACAACAACUCCGGGGCUUCGAGCAUCGUCUCACCACCACAGCAGAGAGCCUCUAAUGUCUCCGCUUGUGCAGACAGUGGUGCCGGCGGUGGGAUGGACGGCCUGCUGGAUUUCUCCAAAGGCCCCACCGUCAAAACCGAACUGGUUUGCAAAUGGACUGACCGAACUUCCUCGAGACAGAGGCUUGGGCGGACGGCGACGUCCGUCUGCGAUCAAACUUUCAGCUCCAUGCACGAACUGGUGGACCACGUCACCACUGAGCAUGUAACGGCGGGGCUCGAGACCCUCAGUCACGUCUGCAUGUGGGACGAGUGUAUGCGCGGUGGGAAGGCGUUUAAAGCCAAAUACAAACUCAUCAACCAUAUCCGCGUGCACACCGGGGAGAAACCUUUUUCGUGCGCAUUUCCCAACUGCGGCAAGAUGUUUGCACGCUCCGAGAACCUCAAGAUCCACACGCGCACGCACACUGGUGAGAAGCCAUUCCAGUGUGAGUUUUGUGAGCGACGCUUUGCCAACAGCAGCGACCGCAAGAAGCACUCACAAGUCCACACAGCCUCCAAACCCUAUGACUGCAAGGCCCUGGGCUGCACCAAGUCCUACACCCAUCCCAGCUCCCUGCGCAAACACAUGAAGGUCCACAUCAAAUCGUCACCUACCUCUGAACCCCACAACACGUAUGACUCCAUUGCCCACCACCAUCAACAACCUCAUCAGGCUCUCGAGCCGCUCGACCUUAAAAUGAACCGCCUCUCGCCGUCGCUUGCCAAUAGAAACACUCAUUUUCCUCUACUGUCCAAUCACGAAUUGGAUCUCAACUCAGCCACUGAAGUGGAUCAUAAACUGCUGCUGAGGAGUUCAUCUCCAAUGACAAUGCCUCUGGACCUUUCUUUGUCGGGCCUGAAGAGUCAGCUGGCGCAGCAGCAGAGUAGCAGGAUCCCUCGGAGAAGCCAGCGGUCCGUCAACCCAGCCUUACCUCAGUUGUCUAACAUUAAGGAGUGGUAUGUCUGUACCAGGACUACGGCACCACACUUUCCUCUCCUUCACCCAGACCACAUCAAAUCAGAACCUAGUGAUGACGAGGAGUAUGUCACGUAGGAUGGAGGGACUGGUGGAUUUGGAUGUGAAGAACAGACCUCAUAUAUUGACAGACCCAGGUCAGACGAGAGGAUGCUCUGUGGAAUCAUGGUUGCUGUCAUUUUCCAGAACCAGAAGUUUCUACAUCCGUGGCCCCUUUUUAAGAUGGAGAAAACUGUGAUGUUAUCUGAGGCUUUUUUUUUCUUUCACUCUGGUUCAAAUACAUAACUCAGCUUGAAAACUCGUCUCCACUUGUUGACCCAGAGCAAUGGCUCAAAUGGUGCCAGAGGGGACAACAGAGAUUCAUUCAUCAUGGGUGUGAAACAAAAAAAGCUUGACAACAACCUGCAAGUUAUCUAAUCAGUGUUAGCGAGCUAACCUGAGCUAACAGAAGGGAUAACACUGUACAAAUGGACUGAGAAUGUUGGUGACAGAGUAUGAUGAGGGUGUGUGUACAUGAUGACAGAUUAUUGAGCGAUAUAUCGUAGAGCUCUACCUAGACGAAGCAACUUCAAGGGCUAAAAUUGACACUGAUGAAAAGUGCUCUCCCUGUUACUUUGAGCUCAUGGUAGCACUGUACACACGAUAACACAGCAGGUCCACAACAACAGCUAAGAACCUGUUAAGGCCUCAGUAUGCUUUAAACAAAAUAGUUUAUACAAAGUGUAUUUGUGGUCAAAGUGUUUGUACCUGUUCUGUAUGUCCACACUGGAAAGCAGGGUAAGAAAACCUGCUGUCAUAGCCUCCUCCUGCCUGCAUCUCACCGUCUACCCGAUCUCUCACCAUCAGCUCUGUCUUUGUUGUCUCUACACAACAAACUGUACAAAUGAGAAUAACAGCACACUUUCAGAAAGUCUCCCCUCGAAGGCAUUCAUGGUGUUCCCCUCGAUGGCUCGCGCAAACAGUGACAGAAAAAAAAGAGAGAGCCUGAGCUCGACAAUCCAACGAGCACUUUGUUUGAAGCACACUGAGGCCUUUACUAGCAAACCAUUAAUAGUGUUCAAAAGUGUUUUAUGUCAUCACAGCCAGCAGUGGCGCAGCAGCUUGAAGACAAAUGGGUCUGAUCCUUCUUUGUACUGAUUAACAAGUGUCUCCUUAACCUGUCAACCCUAUAUGGACCUUUCAGGGGGGGUUUAUCACCUGCCUUCAUUUACCCUCCAUUGACGAUUUAGUCAAGACCCCAAGGUUUCCAAAAUUACCAUAUAUGUGAUACACUUAUUCCUUUAACAUGAAAAUGUGUAUUAAUAAAUGCACAAGAAAUCCUGUA